GUUUGCCUUAAAGGCGCUCUACUGUAAGCUAUACGUUACACAAUGACUGUUGAUGCUGAAGGGAAUAAGAUAGUUGUUUGUGACAAUGGUACAGGAUUUGUAAAAUGUGGAUACGCUGGAGCCACCUUCCCCGAAUUUAUUUUCCCAUCACUCAUAGGGAGACCAAUAUUGCGCGCAACAUCUCGCGUGGGCAAUUUGGAAGUUCAGGAUCUUAUGAUAGGUGAUGAAGCAAGUGAAUUAAGACAAAUGUUGGAAUUAAGUUAUCCACUGGAGAACGGCAUUGUUAGAAAUUGGGACGAUAUGAUCCAUUUAUAUGAUUACAUAUUCGGUCCAAAAAAGAUGAACAUUGAUCCCAAACAUGCAAAGAUUUUGUUAACAGAGCCUCCUCUCAAUCCAUUGCGUAACAGAGAGAAAAUGGUUGAAGUUAUGUUUGAAAAAUAUGGCUUUAAUGCACUAUUCAUUGCCAUCCAAGCGACAUUGACUCUUUACGCCCAAGGUCUCAUGACUGGGGUUGUUGUUGAUUCGGGUGAUGGCGUUACUCACAUAUGCCCAGUUUACGAUGGACUCUCUUUGCCGCAUUUAACAAGACGUUUGAACGUCGCCGGUCGCGACAUAACACGCUACCUUAUUAAACUCUUGUUACUGCGUGGUUAUGCAUUCAAUCAAACAGCAGAUUUUGAAACAAUCCGCCAAAUGAAAGAGAAGUUAUGUUAUGUGGCGUAUGACGUGGAACAGGAGCAAAAUCUAGCUCUGGAUACAACAGUUUUGGUGAAAAAAUACACGUUACCUGAUGGACGUGUUAUCAAAGUAGGCGGUGAGCUAUUCGGUGCACCAGAAGCUCUCUUUCAGCCUCAUCUAAUCGAUCGUGAAGGUGUCGGUAUAUCAGAAUUAUUAUUUAAUACAAUCCAAGCUGCUGAUAUUGAUACAAGACCAGCAUUCUACAAGCAUAUAGUAUUAAGUGGUGGGAGUACAAUGUAUCCUGGUUUGCCAAGUCGUCUUGAACGUGAAAUUAAACAGUUAUAUUUACAAAAUGUACUGAAAGGUGAUACAGAAAGAUUUGCAAAAUUCAAGAUGUGCAUUGAAGCCCCACCUCAAAGAAAACAUAUGGUAUUUAUAGGUGGAUCAGUUUGGCAAAUAUUAUGAAAAAUGACCGACGUACUACAUGGUUAACUCGUGCUGAAUACGAAGAAAAAGGCUUAAAAAUAUUAGAAAGACUAAACUACUAUAAAUAACACUACCAUGACCACCCCGUGUUGAUUACAAUGGAAUAUAUACAUACUGAUUAACCUUGCCAAUUUAGGCUAAUUUGCCUUCGCUCACGAAUUAAUAGUAACUUGUAUGUUUGUUUUUCUCUUCUUUACUCAGCACUUUUUUUCUAC